AUGGCCAGGAACAGCGAUGUUGAACAUUCGAUCGAGCUGCGUGCUCCAACGAACCGGGAUUCUGGCACGCCAAGUAAGGCUACUUUCAGCGACGAUGCUUACGAGCUGGCCAGGGUCGGAAAGAAGGAGGUUGGUGGUCCCGCCGGUCUGGUGUAUGGCUUUCUUGGAGUAUGGGCAGGCAUCAUUUCCGUGUUCAUUUCGAUGGGGGAGCUAGCCAGUAUGAUGCCUUCGGCGGGCGGACAAUAUCAUUGGGUGAGCAUCUUGGCCCCCAGGUCGGCCAGGAAGUUUCUCAGUCAUGUCACUGGCUCGGUCUGCAUCAUUGCGUGGACGGCUGCCCCCACAGCCGCCAUCUACCUGGCCGCCAGUGUUCUGCAGAGCACCAUUGCCAUGAACAUCCCCAGCUAUGACCCCAAAGGAUGGCACAUCACGCUGAUCAUGUGGGCGAUUUUGCUCGUCUGCACAGUUCUGAAUACUUGGCUGGGGAUGAUCUUACCGGUCAUUGAAGUGCUUAUUCUUCUUGUCCAUGUGCUUGGCUUCUUCGCCGUCUUGGUUCCGCUGGUCUAUUUGGGGCCCAAGGCUGAUCCGCGAUCGAUCUUUACUGUAUCCUUCGAUUACGGUGGCUGGGGUGAUCUCACCUUGGCUACUUUUAUCGGAUUAAAAGGCACUGUGGCUGCAUUUGUUGGCACGGAUGGCGCUGUUCAUAUGGCCGAAGAAGUCGCCAACAGCAGCCGGGUCGUUCCCCGCUCCAUGCUGUUGGCCCUCAUGAUCAACGGUGCAACUGGCUUUGCCAUUCUGAUUGCCUUCCUCUUCACCGCUGGAGACCUGCUGAAGAUUGUGGAAUCCAGUGCCUCGUACCCCUUCAUGUACAUGCUGGCGAGCUCGACCGGCAGUAAGGGUGCCGCCGUGGUUCUCUCCAGUAUGAUGGCCAUUCUGCAAGCGUGCGCAGGACUCGCGGGGAUUUCUUCCGGCAGUCGGAUGCUGUGGUCAUUCUCCCGCGAGCAGGCCAUUCCCGGCUGGCGCUGGGUGCGACAGGUGAACCAACGGACUCUCGUGCCCUUCCACAGCACGUUGGUGGUGGUUGUCGCGGCCGGUCUGCUCAGCCUGAUUAACAUCGGGUCGGCAGUGGUGCUGAACAUCAUCCUGUCGCUGGUGCUGGAGGCCUUCUUUGCCUCAUACAUGAUCUCUCUAACUCUCCUGCUCUAUCGCGGCGGUGUCCUCAACUGGGGGCCCUUCCGGGUCAAAGGGUGGUUGGGCACGGCGAAUAACAUUUUUGCCAUUGCCUACUCGAUCAUCAUGAUGUUCUUCGGCUGCUGGCCACCGGAGAACCACCCUGCCCCGAAGAAUAUUAACUACAGCAUUGUCAUCUUCGCGGGAGUUACCCUCAUCAGUAUCAUCUACUAUGUGGGAUGGGCGCGGAAGCACUACCAGGGUCCGCUAGCCGAGCUUUAG